UGUCACAUUAAAAUUAGAACUAUUUACUUUAGAAAAAAAUACAGCCAGAUUUAAAAUUAAUGAAGUGAAUCCAAUUAGACCUCGUUGUCAAGUAAAAGAUUCGUUAGUCAAGGAACCAUUAACAGUUAGAUACAAGAAAGUCAAGCAAGACGACAAUAGUAUUCAUAUCCAGUUUGAAGAAGACAACAGCGUAGUACUGACAUACAAACCAUUUAGAUUAGACUUCAUGGUAGCAAAUGAAGUGGCUGUUUCUGUGAACUCCAAGGGAUUGAUGAACUUUGAACAUUAUAGAGAAAAAGCGACUCCUAAGCCUGAUAAAGAAGACAAUAGCGAGGCUCAACCACCAGGAAGUGAGGAAGAGGCAACAUCUGAUACUCCAGCAGAAGCAGAGAAAAAGGAAGAGGAGGAGGAAGAGAAGAAAGUGGAAGAAACUAAAGAUGAAGAAGGAAUGUGGGAAGAAAAUUUCAAAGAGCAUCAUGAUUCCAAGCCUAGAGGACCUAGUUCGGUUGGGAUGGACAUAUCAUUUCCAGGAGUAGAACAUGUGUAUGGUAUUCCUGAACAUGCUGAUUCACUGGCUCUCAAAAACACUAUUGGAUCAGAACCUUAUCGUUUGUAUAAUCUUGAUGUCUUUGAAUAUGAGUUGGAUUCCCGCAUGGCUUUAUAUGGUUCCAUUCCUGUCAUGCUGGCCCACAGUGUGAGCAAAACUGUGGGAAUCUUCUGGAUGAAUGCCGCAGAGACCUGGGUGGAUAUCAGUAGCUCUGAUGCCAGAAAGGCUGAGGAAGAAGUCCCACAGGUGGAGACUCACUGGUUCUCGGAGAGCGGUAUUAUUGAUGUGUUUGUCAUGCUGGGACCCAAGCCACAUGAUGUAUUCAAGCAGUACGCAACCCUUACUGGUCCUACAGCACUUCCUCCUCUUUUUGGCAUAAGCUACCAACAAUGUCGAUGGAACUACAAUGAUGAAGAAGAUGUCAAAAACGUUGACGCAGGUUUUGAUGAACAUGAUAUUCCAUAUGACGUUCUCUGGCUGGAUAUAGAGCACACUGAUGGGAAAAAGUACAUGACAUGGGACAGCAGCAAGUUCCCCACACCUGAUGUUAUGCAGAACAAGUUGGCUGCCAAGUCAAGAAAGAUGGUAACAAUUGUCGAUCCUCAUAUUAAACGUGCUAGUGGAUAUCGCAUACAUGAGGAAGCAUCUCGUCUUGGACUCUACAUCAAGAACAAAGAUGGAGGAGAAUAUGAAAACUGGUGCUGGCCAGGCACCUCUUCCUGGAUUGACUUCACUAAUCCAGAGUAUCGUCACUGGUGGGCAGAUCAGUUCUCUCUUGAUAAUUACAAGGGUUCUACCAAUACUCUCUUUAUAUGGAAUGACAUGAAUGAGCCUUCAGUUUUUCAUGGACCUGAAAUAACCAUGCAUAAAGAUGCAAUUCAUUUCGAGAACUGGGAACAUCGUGAUGUCCAUAACAUCUACGGCAUGUAUCUACACAUGGCUACUGGUCAGGGGUUGAUGCAGCGGUCAGGAGGCAGGGAACGUCCAUUUGUACUGUCGAGAGCUUUCUUCGCAGGAUCACAGAGAUAUGGUCCCAUAUGGACUGGUGACAACAAAGCAGAAUGGGGCCAUCUCAAAGCAUCCAUCCCCAUGAUUCUAAGUAUUGGUAUAACAGGACUGCCAUUCUGUGGAGCUGAUGUUGGUGGAUUUUUUGGCAACCCAGAUACUGAGCUUUUGACAAGGUGGUACCAGGCUGGUGCAUUUCAACCAUUCUUCCGUGCACAUGCUCAUCUGGACACCAAGAGGCGCGAGCCAUGGCUGUUUGAUGACAACACAAAGAGGAUCAUACGGGAAAGUAUACGACGCAGAUAUGCUUUACUGCCAUUCUGGUACACCUUGUUCUUCCAUGCUUCAAAUGAAGGAACACCAAUUGUCAGGCCUCUUUGGGUGGAGUACCCCAAGGACAAAUCCACCUUCACCAUAGAUGAUGAAUACCUCAUUGGUACUGAUAUGCUGGUCAAGCCUGUGACUACUGCAGGACAAACCACCAUGGAUGUCUACCUGCCUGGCAAAGAUGAGUACUGGUACCAUCUUGACACCCUCAAGAUUUUCCGUGGAGGUAACAGCGUAACAGUUGAAGCACCUCUAGAUAAGAUUCCAGUCUUCCAGAGAGGAGGUUCUAUCUUUCCUCGUAAACAACGCAUCCGUCGUUGUUCCAGUCUGACUCAUGAUGAUCCGUACACACUGACACUGGCACUGGACAUGAAGGGCGAGGCUGAAGGGGAUCUGUACAUUGAUGAUGGCCACACCUUUGCCUACAAGAAUGGCGCGUUCGCUUACAUGAAGUUUUCAUUCAAGCAAGGAAAACUAGUCGCUAAUAAUGUCAAGCCUAAUACAUCGUUUAAAACCAAGGCCUGGAUUGAACGAAUAGUCAUUCUUGGAAUCAGUAACUCUCCCAAGUCAAUUGUCCUUAGAUCAGAUGGCAAAGAAACCCAACUUCCUUUCAGCCACGACUCUACCACUUUCGUCUUGAACAUCAAGAAGCCCGCAGUCAUUGCAGACAGCGAAUGGGCCAUAGCAAUGUAUGCAUAGUGACACUAUUUUAUAGCGAUUUGUUCUGUUUUUAUACCAAUAUCAUUACUAUAAUAUUAAAGAUUACAUUUGCAAAAAGGCUGGAAUGAGGUUCAGUUUCAGAUGAAAUCUUGCUCCAGAUCUUUAGCAAAAAUUCUUGCCUUAGUUGCAUGGAGCUUGUUUACUACAAACUUGUACAAGAAUUGAUUUUAUCCAAGAUUUAAUUUCUCCCAAUGAAAUUGAUUUCCUUGCAAGUAAAAUUGUUUUUUUCCCUGAGACUGUAAAAACUAACUGAAAGGUGACGAUAAUCAAUGAAGAGUGGGAAAUUCCUUAUAGUCCAAUCAGCGUCCAAUCCUGGGGAACGGUGUGCCAUUUUGAAUAUGAUUCUCCUAUUCCUUGUCCCAAGAAAAUGUGACGGAGAUAUUAGCAACCUAUAUUGACAAAAUCUAGUCUCUUAAAGGAUCAUGGGAUCGUUGACUGAGCAACACCCAUCCACAGUAUUAAAUUUUCCAGAAUCACAUGAAAUCUAUGCAGUAUGUAAUAAGCAUUAUUUCUUUUUCAAAUUUGUGAUCUCAAGCACAAAGCAUGUGAAGCAGGGUCCAGAAAAGUAGGACGUAGGACAUAGGUAGACGUAGGACGUAGGUAGAUAUGGGUAACCAAAAAAAACAACAACAAAUGUAGUAAAUAGAAUAUGACAAAAAGGGAAUUUGCAAAAUAAAAUUGUAUAAAAAUGUCUCUGUUCAAUAAAAAGUUUCGCUCACACCCAUAA